AUGAUUCCCAAAACUACGUUUCCCUCCCUUUUUGUCAUCGCCUUGUUCUUUUCGCUUUUGACCACCGUCGUCGAAGGUCUUGAUGUCAACAUCCUUCCUGUCGAUAGGACAACAGUCACCCUAAUAUUCGGUGGCCAGGCUGUCCAAGGUUUUCGCCGUAUGCGUGACAUUCUCCGUAUCGGAUUCCGAGAUGGGUACACCAUGAUUUUGGUCAUUGGAAAUCCAGCCGUUCAAGCCCUUCAAGCCAUUCCACCACCCGCCCCCGCCCUCAUUGCUGCCGCCCGACGAACACAUGACAUCAAUUGGGGACGCAUUGUAAACUACGUCACCGGCAACCCAAACGUGGCUAAUUUUUUGCCCAAUGUCAAUGAACGGAACUUCAUGUUGACCGUGGCUUUGAUUUUGACGGAAGGCAUCCCUGGCAUUGUCAACAUCCGCGGCCUUCGUGGAGAAGACAAUUUCGACGCCAAUGUCAUUCUCGCCAUCAUGUACUACUAUCGUCAGAAGGGAUGGCCGGUAUUGCCUGAGGCCUUUGUUCAGAAUGUUUACGCCCAGAUUUAA